GUGUCAAUGAUGAAAUGUUUUUCUAAAGCAUUUACUAAGCAAUUGAUUAGUCAAACAUUGGAAGUGAUGUUUAUAAAACUUUGUAAAUGAUUAAUAAACACUGUGGAGCUCCUCUGUAAACACUAUUUCCUUAUUUGUUUACAAUGAAAUAAAUUUUAACUUUUGUAACUCAAUAUUACAUUUUGCUGUACAACUACAAUGACUAAUGUCUUAAUUCAUUAUAAUUUAUCCAUUCCAAAUGUUGGUUGUUAUAAAAUGUUAACUAACAAGGAUCAUAAAUCAUUCUGGUGUAAAAUAAAGAUGAAAAAUGUUACAUGGCAACAGUGAAAUGAGUCGUAGAUGGUGUUUACAUUCAAACUGUUGCUAGGAGAACACGUUGCUUUGACCCGAACUUUGGGGAACCUUUGAACCUUUGAUCAGGGAGCGUUCUAAAUGUGGGGCUACUUAAGGGCUGCUUAUAAAAUUAAGCUCAUCAGUACCUCCUAGAAGUGAUCCAGAGAGGUUAACCGACUUUAACCACUGUGAUACAGAUAAGUCACUCCUUCUUUUCUGUUUCAGGAGUCAGAAAGUAGAAAUUCAUUGCUGAUAUUAAGAACUGUUUAGUUGUUUUCCUGCAAUCAGAGGUCAAAGAGGGAAUCUGUAUGCCUUUUUGAAAAUGAUUUUAAACGUACAACUUAGUUCUGAACAUUAACAUUUAGUGUAAAUUCCCUUAAUUUUGCAUAGACGUCAGACAAUCAGAUGAUUAAUAAAAUGUGGAACAUGAAGUAAAUGCAUGCCUUUCCAUGUAAAGACCUAGAACAGUGGUCUAACAUGUUUUGUCAGAUCCAACUGUUGACAGGGUUGAAACCAGUGGAUGGUAGCAAAAUGAAUAUACACUAUCUGUAGCACAAUAUCUGAAACAUAGUUAGGAAGGAAAGGAAAUUAAAGUAACUUACCAUUUUAAUUCUAUUCAUUGGUUAUGUUUCAGCAUUUUCUGAGAGAAAUGACAUCUACUAAACCCAAACAAUCCCCGUGGACUCCCCAGCAAAUAUGAGUUUGUUGCAAUUGUGGGAGAGGGCAGCUAUGCAAAGGUGGUGAAAUGUUUGAACAAGGAGACCAAGUUUUAAGCACCACAAUAUAAAGUUCUACCUUUCAGCGCUCUCCAAGACUAACACAUUAAUCCACUGCAAAAAACUAAUCAUUUCAAACCUGCCUGUGUCUCCAGAUCCCCAUUCUGAGAAUGAGCAUGUGCCACAACCUUGACAAACACAACAUUGUCAAGUAUAUCGAUUGUUUUCAGACCAUAUAUGGAAAGGCGCUUGUGUUUGAGUCAUUGGAUAUAAGCCUAUUUGACUACAUGGAGAUGAAAGACUUUGCCCCUAUGCUUCUGAGUGACAUCAGAACCAUCAUCCAACAGAUGGCCACAGCAUUUGAUGCGUUGAAGGGGAUCGGGGUGAUCCACACUGAUGUCAAACUGGACAACAUUAUGAUGGUGAAUCACCACCAGCGACCCUUUGAAGUCAAGCUGAUAGACUUCGGUCUGGCCAUUCCCACGUCACAGGCCAAGAAGUUCAGAGGAAGGCAAAUAUUUGAAAUUAUGACGAGGACAGAGCUGAUGGAGAGUAUUCAGAGCUACAAGCCGUCAGUCAGCUCUGUGUCCCAGGUUCGGGUUCUGCUCAUUGGACCAGUUGGAGCUGGAAAGUCGAGCUUCUUCAACUCUAUCAACUCUGUAUUCAGAGGCCACGUCACCAACCAGGCCAUGUCUGGCAGCUCCACCACCAGCCUCACCACACAGUUUCGCUCCUACUCUUUGAAAGCUGGACGAGAAGGAAAGCCUCUGCCAAUCAUCUUGUGUGAUACCAUGGGACUGGAGGAAAACGCAGGGUCUGGGCUUGCUACUGAUGACAUCAGCAACAUUCUUAAAGGUCAUCUGCCAGAUCGAUAUCAGUUCAACCCCUCAGCUCCGCUGCAUUCGGAGGCCCACGGCUACUGUAAGUCUUCGGACCUUAAGGACAAGAUCCACUGUGUGGCCUAUGUCACUGAUGCCUGCAAAGUCUCCAUCAUGCCCAAAAAGAUGGAGGAGAAGCUGGAAGCGACCCGCAAAAAGGUCAACUUAAUGGGGAUUCCUCAGCUGGUCCUGCUCACUAAAGUAGACGAAGCCUGCCCUUUGGUGACGGAGGACGUGAGAAACAUUUAUAGGAGUUACUACAUUAGGCAGAAGAUGCAGGAGGUCAGCACUCGGCUCGGUGUGCCUCUGUCCUGUGUUGUUCCGGUGAAGAACUACAGCGAGGAGUUGGAGUUGGAUCCAAACUGCGACAUCCUGCUGCUCUGCGCUGUCCAGCAGAUGCUUCGCUUUGCUGAUAAUUACUUUGAUGACAUCAGCGACCAAUUGAGCAACAUGAAAGUCAAAGAAUAGGAAGCAUUUGUGCAGCAGAUAUAAUAACCUGAGCAUCUGUAAUAAAAUGUCCCUCAACAUGAUCCAUCCAUUUACCAGCACUGUGCUCCUUUUCUUCAGUCUUUCCCAGCACCCCUUGGAAUGCUGGGAGAUGUGGUGCCUCUUGUAUCACGUAGACCUCACUGCACCUCCGAUUUCUGGCUUCAGUCAGCUGUUAUCAUUUUGAUUGUGUCCCUCUGCUGUGAAAUAUUUCAUUUUCUCUCAUUUUUUUUCAUUUGACAUUAUGAAGUUUUACACCAUUCACCUCUAUUGUUUGUUUCAUGUGACUGACAUAACGGUUACAGUCAGCAGAUUUGAGAAGUUUAUCAGCUCUCGCUGUACUGAGAAGAAUCCUGAUUUUUUUAACCUUUGUGGUGCCAAAUAGGGAAAAAAAUCAAUAAUCUGAGUCCUAGUCCUUUAAAAAGGCUCUCCUCAGUUUUAAUGUAAUAUUACUUAGUAAGACAAAAUUAUAAGUUAUAGAUAAUUGAAAUAGAUCAUUUAGAUUUAAUCCAACUGUGUUUUUUUUUUAUGUUACACUGUUACAUACACUUUGGGUUUUGGUGUUUUAAGUCUGUUUCCCUACAAUGUUUGUCAGGAAAACAACUUUGUAGGUGGUCAGAUGGUUGUAUUGGCAGAUAAUCUUUUUUAUUUCUGUGUUGCAUGUUCUGUACACUUUACGCUCAAUAACAAUAAAAGCUAUUGAUGGCCA